AUGGUCGUCGACAAGCUCAAGCCCAACGACCCAAGGGCCCAGUCCCUGACCGCCGACGUCCGGGGCAAGACGUACAAAUACAUCCUCGCCAAGCCGGAGGGCACCCCGCGCGCCACCGCCCUCCUCAUCCACGGCUGGCCCGACCUGGGCUUCGGCUGGCGGUACCAGGUACCAUACCUGACCUCCCUAGGACUCCAGGUCAUCGUGCCAGACAUGCUCGGCUUCGGCGGCACAGACGCGCCGCAGGACCUCUCCCUGUACAGCCUCAAGUCAUCCUGCGACGACAUGGCCGAGCUGUUGGCACAGGUCAUCGGGCGCGGCGAGCGCGUCAUCCUGGGCGGCCACGACUGGGGCGGCGCGCUGGUGUGGCGCUUCGCGCUGUGGCACCCGGAGCUGCUGCGCGGCGUCUUCAGCGUGUGCACGCCCUACGCGCCGCCGCUGCCCGUCUUCAUCGACUACCCCAAGCUCGUCGAGAUGCUGCCCAACUUCCGCUACCAGGUGCAGCUCGCGGGGCCGGACGUCGAGCGGGAGAUCGGCAGCGACCCGGCCAAGAUCCGCGGCCUGCUCACGGGCCUGUACGGGGCGCGCGGCCCCGCCGGCGAGGACGUCUUCACCACGGACCACGGCGUGCACUUUGAGAACCUCGGCAAGAUGGGCGAGUGCCCGCUGCUGGACGCCGGUGAGGUCGACUUCUACGUGGGCCAGUACGCGCGCAACGGCAUGCGCGGCCCGCUCAACUGGUACCGCACGCGCAAGUACAACUACGAGGAGGAGCUGGCGCUGCUCAAGGAUGGGAAGCCGCCGCAUGUGUCGACGCCGGCUAUGGUAGUCGUGGCUGAGCAGGACCCAGCGUUGCCGCCGAGGAUGUCGGAGGGAAUGGAGGCGCACUUUGAUAGCCUCAAGAGGGCAAAAGUGGGCGGUACACACUGGGCGCUGUGGGACUCGACUGAGGGUGUGAAUGCUGCGAUUGGGGAGUUUGUUGAGGAGGUGCUCAGCGGGUCUGUGAAGGCAUCUAUCUGA